CAGGGCGCGGCCCGGACAGUCGGUCUCCCGGCCGGAGGGAGCCCAGACGCCGGCCAUGGAGGCUGGGGGCUUCCGCUACCAGUUUCGGAUCGCGCUGCUGGGGGACACGGCUGUGGGCAAGACGUCGUUGCUGCGGCGCUACGUGGCGGACGCGCCUUGGAUACCAGAGCCCGAGCCGGAGCUCGAGUCGGCGCCCACGGUGGGCGUCGAGUUCUACAGCCGCACUCUACAGCUGCGGGCCGGGCCGCGCGUCAAGCUGCAGCUUUGGGACACUGCGGGCCAGGAGCGCUUCAGGUGCAUCACCAGGUCCUUUUACCGGAAUGUGGUGGGUGUCCUGCUGGUCUUUGAUGUGACAAACAGGAAGUCCUUUGAACAUAUCCGAGACUGGCACCAGGAGGUCAUGGCCACUCAGGGCCCCGACAAGGCGAUCUUCCUGCUGGUUGGCCACAAGAGUGACCUGCAGAGCAUGCGAUGUGUCUCAGCCCAGGAGGCGGAAGAGCUGGCUGCCUCCCUGGGCAUGGCCUUCAUGGAGACCUCUGCCAAAAAUAACUGCAAUGUGGAUCUGGCCUUCAACACCCUCGCUGAUGCCAUCCAGCAGGCCCUGCAGCAGGGGGACAUCAAGCUGGAGGAGGACUGGGGGGGUGUCCGGCUCAUCUACAACACCCAACCCCCCAGGCCCCUCAGCAGGAAGCAGCAUCCGGGCCUAUGCCAGUGUUGACUCUGGGAGGGAAAGGGUUAAAGCAGCGCCACCCUCAGAAGGCCUGGGGGGAUGGAGAGUGUUAAUAUCUCUCGGGAGGGCAAAUGGCAGAAUCUGUCCAGACGUUAAUAUAUACAGUAUCCUGGCACAGUCACGCCUCUUGGAUUUUAGGGUCUCAGAGCUCAGCCCCUUUCCACCAGAAAGGUCUAAAAGGCCAGGUUUGCAGCUUCCUGUCCUUAAGCCUGUUUCCUCCAGCAAGAGGAACUCAUAAAAGACCUCACCUCACAGGGGGUUGAGAGCAUGAAUGGGUGGCAUAUGCUCAGCCAGGGCCUCCCACACUGUGAGGAUGGAACGGCGAGAACUGUCAUCACUGCUCUUUCUUGGCUUGGAUGUGGCCAUUUUUGGCAGCGUCCCUGGACUUGGACGCUGAACCGCUCAGCGUGUGGACACUCCCACACAGAAGGAACAGAGACAAAUUUAUGCCACUCAUGGGACCCUUUCUGAAGACCUUGCCUGCUCUGGGAGCCACUGAAGCCUAGUGGACAAAGAGGGAAGGCCCAUCCUGCCGACCAUGUGCAGGCCAGAACCGAAGCCAUCUAGGUGGGAACCCAGAUCUCUCCUCUACCUCUGAGUCUCAGCUUGAUGGCAAAAGAAGAAUGAAAAAAUAAACUAAGAAUAACUCCUACCUCACAGGUUUGUUAGAGGAUUAAACAACACAACUUGUGUUAAGUGCCUAAUAAAUAUUCCUUCUGCCAACAA